GAAAAAUCCAGAGGAAGAAGACGAUUGGUUUGGUUGAUAAUUCAAAAACGCGACGAAGACGACAAACAAUGCCGAGCAAGCUGAAAAAGGCGAUUGGAGCGGUUAAAGACCAGACGAGCAUCAGCCUCGCCAAAGUCACCAACAGAGCCAACAGAGGCGGAGACCUUACCACCCUCGAGGUAGCCAUCCUCAAAGCCACGAGCCACGACGAGGACGUCCCCAUCGACGAUCGUCUCGUCUCCGACAUCCUCGCGAUCAUAUCCUCCAAGAAAUCUCACGCCGCCGCUUGCGCCGCCGCGAUCGGACGCCGCAUCGGGAGGACGCGGAACUGGAUCGUCGCGCUCAAAUCCCUAGUCCUCGUCCUCAGGAUCUUCCAGGACGGAGACCCUUACUUCCCGCGCGAAGUCCUCCACGUCAUGAAACGCGGCGCGAAGAUCCUCAACCUCUCCACCUUCCGCGACGACUCGAACUCGCGACCUUGGGAUUACUCCGCUUACGUCCGCACGUUCGCGCUCUACCUUGAUGAGAGACUCGACUGCUUCUUAACCGGGAAGUUACAGAGACGGUACACUAACAACAAAACCGGAAUCAGAUCCCGGUUUAAUCCAAAAACUAGAAACAAAACCGACGAACCGGCGGUUAGAGAUAUGAAACCGGCGAUGCUCCUCGACAAAAUCACCUACUGGCAGAGACUGCUAGACAGAGCCAUCGCGACGCGUCCGACGGGAGACGCGAAAGCCAACAGGCUCGUGAAGACGUCUCUCUACGCCGUCUUGCAAGAGAGUUUCGACCUCUACAGAGACAUCUCCGACGGUUUAGCUCUCCUCCUCGACAGCUUCUUCCAUCUUCCGUACAAAUCUUGCGUCCACGCGUUUCAAGCCUCCGUCAGAGCUUCGAAACAGUUCGAAGAGCUUAAUAAAUUCUACGACCUCUGCAAGUCUAACGGCGUGGGACGCACGUCGGAGUAUCCCAGUGUUCAGAAGAUCUCGCUGGAGCUUCUCGAGACGUUGCAGGAGUUUUUGAAAGAUCAGUCGUCGUUUCCUGGGAACAACGCGGGGAUGUAUCCGUCGCCGAAUAGUCUUCUUCUUCCUCCUCCUCCUUCUUCGACGGUUUCCAGCUCGCUGUCGGAGAGGUGUUGUUCGGAUUACGGAUCGUUUCGGAGUGCUUCUUUGGAGGAUACGGGGACCAGUAGUCCUCCGAUGUCUUGUCACUCGGAGCCUUACGGAGGAGGAAGAGAGGAUCCUAAUGGGAAUAGCUUCGAUACGGUUUCGACUAAGUCUCUUCCCAAUACUCCCUCUGUUUCUUCUGCUUCCAGUAUCGAUGACAAGGAGAAGAAGAAGAAGAAGAAGGAGAAGACGAAGAAGCAAGAGGAGGCAAAGGUGGAAGGUUUUGAUCCUUGGGAGGCGUUGAUGUUGAGAGAUGAACCGAGGAAGAACAUAGAAACGAUACCUGAAGAAGCUUCAACCUCUGAGGUUCAGAGAGGGUCAGGGAACUGGUUGCUUGCGCUGGAAGAAACAGUUACUACGCAAGUGCAUGAUGAUGAUACUAACUCCAUGGCGAUAGUACCGUUCGGAUUAGAUGAUCCGAUGCCUGUGGCGUUUCAAGCCACCGCGACGGACCAAUACAAUCCGUUCUUGGUGGAAUCAGCUGCGCCGUUAGCUAAAGUCGGUCCAACGGUAGAACUGAUGAGUACCACGUUUAAUGCCUUGGCUGUCACGGACUUUCAGGUAAACGUUCCUGACGAUUUUGAGCCGUCGACUGCGCCAACUUUCAAGGCCACAGGGAGUUUGCCCGACAAGUGUGAGCCAUUUGCAACGUUUGAGAGUUUUGGGUUCGAAGAGAGUGUUUUAGAAAAUGGAGGGGUACAUGAGCAAUCUGUGUUGCAAGAACAGCAGUUAUGGUUGCAGAAUCAAAACAAGAUCAUAGCUAAGCAUUUAAAUUUGAUAUGAUGUUAACUUGGCUAGGCAGAGACUGAGAUGUUUCUUGAUUUUUUUUUUCUUCUGUUAACAUUGUAAA